AUGCUGAAGCAAGCUGAGACGAAGGCUUUGAAACCAGAGGUUGGAUCCGACCCCGACUCCAAGGGGGCAUUGGCUAGCCCUCAGGCCAAACGCAGUUGCACAGAGCUGGAGAAGAAGCUGAAGAAGUUUCCGUGUGGAGACUUGCAGCUGGCAAAGGACUGCAGCCUGCGAGACAUACUCGCCUACACCCAGCUUUUUCGGAAUGAAGCUGCCAUCCAUGCCAAUGCCCAUCCGGCAGCGUUGGUGCUUGAGAUCUUGGCCUCAGGGUCGGAGACAGAUCGACGACUACACAGCAGCCAGUUGGAGGUUUGGUAUGACGAGUAUGCUAAGAAGCGCUCUGGCCUGGCUGCCUUCAAGAAGCUGGACGAAGUGGUGCUCCGACCCGAAGCUGCAGGAUCCGUCAUGCACGUUCCUCUGAUUGCACUGGCGUUCGACACACCAACGGACGGACCGCCUGUCAUCGAAGACUGGCUCGGAACCUUCGAGAGCAUGUUCUUCGGCGGCAUAGACUUGACCCGCGAGCCGCUUGACGUGAGCAUCAAGUGUUCCGGAUAUGGAGGUUUGACCGCUUCAUGCUUCGACGUGAUCAAGGGCUACACGCGAGCCAGCGUGAUCAUGACGGUUUUGAUCGCGGCAAGUGAAUUGGACACGAAUUCCGACAGCUGGGACAUGCUGAAGCCUCUCUUUCCUUUUCUGGACAAGGCUUGGAUGGUUUCUAUGAAUGUGGACAGCGUCAGCCAGAGUUUCCGCAAUUUGAUGCUCAGCUAUCGUGGAUCGGAACGACAAGCGCCGAACACUUUGCAGCUGGCUCUUCGUUUCAGCAAGGUCAUGGACACACGCAAUGAGCAGGGCAAGCACCCCAAGCACUGGUCCACCAUGGAGCGCUUGAAUUCUGUGAUCGAAGAGUACAACUCAAUGGACGGCUUGCAGAUGAAGCACGCCAUGGACGAAGACCGAAUCAAGUCUGUGUACAACAUCAUUGCCGGCACUUCAGCCGAAGCGAGGAACAAGAUCGCCAAUCACCUCAACUACGCCAAAUGGAAAGAGUCGGCUUUCUCCGUGGAACAGUUUAGGUGCUCCAGAUGGCUCCUGGGGGCAAAGCCGAAGAACUGUCCUCUCGAGAUUGUGAACUUGCUGACGGUGACAGAGCAUUCACAGAGGCUGCACAUCGACUUGGUUAUCCACAGCUUCACAGUUGCCGGCAAGAAGUUGAGAGCCUCCUCCCGGGGCAAGAUGAGGGCAUCGGUGGAUGACUUUGCCAAGAUGGCUGACUUUGCCUGUGUGUACUCCAGAGUGUUGGAGAAAGCACGUCUGCUGAGUUCGUGGGACGACAAGAAGGAGCAGAGUGUGAUGAAGUGUUUCAUGAGCCGGGAUUACUGGUCGGAAAUCGAAGCUACGAUCACGGCGAAACUGCCGACCUUCAAAGUCGAACAUCUCGCGAUAUGGUCUGAGUUCAUCGAGCCGAAGACGACGUCUGUGAAGCUGGACCCCCAGGACGAGGUGACGUUGCAGGAGCGUGCCGACACUGUUCGUGCAGCCAAGUUUAGGGAGAUCAGAGCCAAAGUGGCCGAAGACUCGCACAGAAUGACGGCCUUCAACACCAAGACGCAGCAGCGAGACAUUCGGACGCAUGUUGUCGAAGUGAUGCACAUGAAAAGCCAGAAUGCCAUCGGGGCCAAGCUCGCUGAGGAGCACAUGGACAAAUGCGCUUCUGUUCUGAUGUGCUCGUUGGAUGAGUUCGCAAAGCGUGUGCACUAUGGCUUCACAGCAGCAGCAUCCCUGCUGGAGGCCGAAAAGGGUAGGGACUUCAUUGUCCCGGGGGGCAAUCUCUGGUCCAGCAACGAGGGUCGACGGAACCUUACAGACCAGCAAGAGCUGGCCCAAUGGCUCGGUGGACUGUCUGUUCCCACUCAGAUUUUGAGCAGUCUGUUGAGCGACUCGAACAAAGCAGUGAUUUUCAACCCGACCGCCUACGACGGCACCUUGGAGAAAGCGGCCAUUAAGCUCGGCUACCCUGUCUUCUCGACUGCCUCGACCACAGGCCCUUGGAAGUGUGCCAAGGACAUGGUGCGGGAUUUCCUCAUGGAGGCUUGGUUGGCAUGGAAGACGAAGACAGAGCCCAUGGACAAGGUGUCGCCGAUGUUCAAGAGGCAGCCCGCAGCCGAGGACCUUCCGGCUGAGGUCUCAAGCCCCUCUUUGACGAUUUGCAACAUGGCGGAUGGCAGAUUGAGUAUCCCGCGGGAGAUUCGGAAUGAGUUCUUGGGAUGUGCAGUUCAUGGACCGGAAUGGAGGGAGCUACUGAGCAAGUUCGACAGAGAGUGGUCGUCCCCGACGGAAACGGUUGCUCAAAGCCACUUCACUGGCGGCUUUUGCACCGGGUCAACCCCACCUGGGAAUAAGCUGCACGAAUAUGCGGGCCCGAACAGUUCGGUCUCCUUCGUGAUCACCGAGGGUCCCCAACUCUGGCUGGUGGCCAAGCAAAGCUGCCGAUGGACGGCGGAGGAACAGGGUCCGCUGGUGAUGCACGGCCCGGGUAUUUGGCUGGUCGACGAAAAGGCCAAAAAAGCGAAGGACGACGAGAGACUGGCGCCGAGAAUGGUGUUCUGCGAGAUGCAGAAUGACUCAGCAUCGGUUAUUCUCGAGGCCGUUCACAGACACCAUGCAACAUGUUGCAAUGAAUCUUUGCUAGGCUUGAAAGUGAUGUUGUGA